AUCAGGUAGUUGGUAUAAAAGUAACUGUUAGCUAUUGAGUUGAUAUCAUUUAACCGUUAACUGUGCAGCUAUACACCACAUAGCCACUUAAGCACAGCUUUUCCUUUUUUUUAACAAACGUGUGCGUUUCCUUGCGUUUACGUGCGGCUCGGACAUAAAAACCUGUACCAUAUUUAAGGAUAUUGUGGAUUACUUUUAAAACAACAACAACCAACAGCAGCAGUUGCUUUUAGUUCAAAGGAUUAUUUAAUCAAUUUUUAAGUUUAUUUUUAAAUAUAAACCAAAAACGAUCAACACUAUGAAGUUGAUGCGAACAGCAUAUCUGCUCGCAGUGGUCCUACUCGUAGCCACCACUUAUGCACAUGCCGAAGAAGAAAAGCAACCUGCCGGAGCUGAGGAAAAGAAAGUCGAACCGAAACCAGCUGAAGCUGAAAAAUCAGCCGAUGCCAACGAUGAGACCACUAAGACUAAACGUGGUCUACAUCAUUUCGAAGACUAUCAUCAUCACCAUCAUUAUCCCAUACAUGAGGAGAAAACUUUAACGAUCAUUAAGAAAGUACCCGAACCAUAUCCAGUGGUUAAACAUGUACAUGUGCCCGUUGAGAAACAGGUACAUGUACCCAUUAAGGUGAAAGUGCCCAAACCGUAUCCGGUUGUCAAGCAUGUACCUUAUGAAGUUAAGGAAAUCGUUAAAGUACCACAUGAGGUGCCAGCUCCUUAUCCAGUUGAAAAGAAAAUUCCCUAUCCCGUACAUGUGCCCUAUGAUCGUCCAGUGCCCGUUAAGGUUUACGUACCAGCACCAUAUCCAGUUGAGAAGAAAGUACAUGUACCCGUUAAAGUGCAUGUGCCCGCUCCUUAUCCAGUCGAAAAGAAGGUGCCUUAUCCCGUUAAAGUACAUGUUCCUGUCGACAAGCCAUAUCCCGUCGAAAAGGUUGUACACUAUCCCGUCAAAGUUCAUGUCGAUAAACCAGUACCUUAUCAUGUUGACAAACCAGUGCCCUAUCAUGUUGAGAAACCAGUACCUGUGCCCGUUAUCAAAAAGGUACCCGUUCCUGUGCAUGUGCCUUAUGAUCGUCCAGUGCCUGUACAUGUUGAGAAACCAGUGCCCUAUGAAGUUAAGGUGCCCGUACCCGCACCCUAUCCCGUUGUCAAGGAAAUUCCAGUUAAAAUUGAGAAACAUGUACCCUAUCCCGUUAAGGUGCCUGUAGAAAAACCCGUAGCCGUACAUAUUGAAAAGCAUGUACCCGAAUACCAUGAGAAACACAUCAGCUACAAAGAACCCGAAUUCCACUACAAGAAAAUCGAACAUGAACAUCAUGAACCUAUCUCUCAUCAUCAAGAGGAAUAUCAAGGACAUGAAGGACAUGAGGUGGAUCUAAGCCAUCAUUUUUCUCAUUCUUAUCAUGGUCAUUAUUAAGUAUUUUUUAACUAAUAUCAAAAUUUUUUUUUCUCUUUUUUUUUACUCCCUUUACAGCAUCACAAGUAAACUUCUGAUAUCUCCCCGAUUUGCAAAACAAAGAAAGAGAGAACUUCAGAGAGCGUCAUAUGUGAUUUUGUGAUUGGUAUAUAUAUAUAUGUAUAGAGAGAGACUGAGAGUAAAGAGAAAGAAAAAAAACGAACGAAAGAGACGGACUUUAAAUAGUGUUAGUGUGUGAGAGCAAAGGCGAAAAGUGAGAGCGAGAGAUUGAUAAUUGAAAUUGAUUAAUGCUUACGUUUAAUGGAUUAACGAUGUGAUUAAAUUGAUGUAAUGUAUAUAAAACUAAGUGAUAAAGGCCUCAAAUUAAUUAACGGACUUAAGUUAAAUUUAUAUUAAAACAAAAAAAAAAGAAAUUUACAAAAAAAAUCUAUUAUAUAUUAUAGUUAUAUAAACUAGACUCUUAAUAUUGGUUUCUUUAAAACAACUAAGAGUCUAUUGGCUUAAAUAUAUAUAUAUAUGUAUCUAACUCCGCUAUAUAACACUCUCCUUUUCGUUAAAAAACAGCAAACUUGCAACAACCUUUUAGUAACAUUUUAACUUUGAAAUUAAACCCCCCCCCCCUCCAUAUAUAUUAGAAUAUAUUUUACAAAAACGACCGAUAACUAACCAGAUCAUAUCAACAAGUUUAAUGUAUAUAUAAGUUUUUUUGUAAUUUUUUUAUUAGAUUUUAAGCCAUAAUUGUUUUUCUUUUUAUAGCAAAUUACUUAUAAUACUUAUAUGAAAAAUUUACAAAAAAAAAAAAGAAUUUUGAAAAAAAACGAUGUCAACUGGCACUAAUUUGGCAGAUCAGUUACGUGCAAAAAUGUCAAAAACUUCUUCUCUUUUUUAAAGGGGCCUCCCAACAUCUGGCCCAUUAACAGCUCCUCCUCUUCCUCCAUGUUAAAUAAAAAAGUUUUGAAAUGUUUAACAUUUUUAACGUAGUUUAUCUCCUCCAUAACGUCCAGUGAUUUUAAUAAUUA